AGCUGACUUUAUUAAUUAUAGGCCUGAACGUUUUAGGCCCGUUAAGGACUUAUAAUGGCCCAAUCAGAUUGCUAUAUAUUUACGAUUUUGCGUUUUGAGUUUUUUUUUUUUCGGUUGGAAAUUAAAAGAAGUAGAAAAGCGGGAAACAGAGAAUUAGUUACGUCUUCUUCUCCGACGAGACGACUGCGAUUGAGUUUUUCUGAAGAUAUCGAAUUCAAGCGACGAGCCUUCUUACGUGGCCAUGGAUUAUGAAGAUAGUUCAUCAGAUUCGAACGCUUCCUCUGGCGAAAAGACUUCAUCAAUGGCCAUGGAUUCUGAAGAUAAUUCAUCAGAUGCGAACAUUGUUGGUUCUGGUGACGAGCUUUCUUCAGCGGCCAUGGAUACUUCAGAUGCGAACGUCACCUAUGAGUAUACGUUAAGUUUAGAUGAUAUGGUUUUGGAAGCUUUAUCAACAAUCGAUGAUGAACAUGAUGGAUCUGGUCGUGAUGUCGAUGGGAUUUUCGAAUAUAACAAUGAACGGUACGUAAUACCGGAAAAUGUUAGGGAGCUAUUGAAAGACGAGCUUGAAAAACUAAUUGCUGAAAGGAAAAUAGAGAAGGUAGGAAACCGCUACACGAUAAUGCCCCAACGUGUUCCUACCACAGCAGCUACUGGAGAAGAUUCCACAAUGCCACAAGAGUCAGCAAGUACUUCUCUCGUACCAAGAGCACCAGAAGAAAAUCCUCAGAUAGACGCAGUAGCAAAAGUAGUCGCAGAGGCAGAAAAUUUUGAGUUCCAAGCGAAAGAGGCACAAGAACUUGUCGAUAGACACAGCCAGAUGCUAGAUUUAGAGAGAUUAUUCUUGGAGUUAGCCGUAGAAAUCCUUAACCGAUGUGCUAAUGGUCAAAAGAUUUUCCUGCGGUAAAAAAGCUUUGAUCUCCUGGUCCGGUUCAAUGUGGAUGUGUUCGAUAACCGGUUUUUUUUUUUUAAUAGUUUUUUGGCUUUGAGUAAAAAAAA